AUGGAUGUUCGUCGACCUAUAAGGGAGGCCAUCAGCAGCAGGGAGAAGGCAAAAUUUUUGAGCGUAUCGUUUAAUCAAGAUGAUUCGUGCUUCAGUGUUGCAUUAGAUAAUGGAUUCCGUAUUUUCAAUACGGAUCCAUUGACCAGCAAGUUGUCGAAAACCUUUAAGGAAUCUCUGGGCAAUCAAUCAAGAGGUACUGGGAUUGGUUACACUAGGAUGCUUUAUCGUACAAACUACAUCGCCCUGGUUGGAGGUGGUAAAAGACCAAGGCAUGCCCUGAAUAAGCUGAUUAUCUGGGAUGAUCUUUUGCAAAAGGAAACAAUCACUUUGAAGUUUAUGUCUGCUAUUAAAGACGUAUUCUUAUCUAGAAUUCAUAUUGUGGUAGUUUUGGAAAACACUAUAGAGAUCUUCCAAUUUCAAACAAACCCUCAAAGGGUUUGUCCCAUUCUAGAUAUCCCUUCCAAUGGAUCAGUGGACUACGUGGUUUGUAGUAGUAAAAAUCUCCAGUCACAAGCACCAUCACACUUGCAUUCGAAGAUUGUAGAAAUCAUUGCAUUCCCGUCAAAUAAAUGUGUGGGCCAAGUUCAGGUAGCUGAUCUAUCACAAAUAAAGUAUAAUUCACAGAAUCCGAAAGAAUCUGCCCUUUUACCAACCUCCAUCAUCAAAGCACAUAAAAAUCAGAUCAGGCUAGUUAGACUAAACCAUCAAGGCACUAUGGUAGCCACAUGUUCCGUUCAAGGUACUCUGAUAAGAAUAUUUAGUACACAUAAUGGUACAUUAAUUAAAGAGUUCAGAAGAGGUAUGGACAAGGCGGAUAUUUACGAAAUGAGUUUCAGCCCCAACGGUAGCAAAUUGGCGGCAUUAUCAAGUAAGCAAACGUUGCACAUCUUUCAAAUUUUUGAAACAACCAAUACGGAAACAAGUUCACAUGCCCACCCGUACGAUAAUGGCACGAGCCAUCCCUUGACAAAUUAUAUACCGAAGGCUCUAUGGAGACCCAAGUAUUUGGAUUCCGUGUGGUCCAUAUGUAAUGCGCACCUGAAGAACCCAAUUUUUGACGCUCACAGAAGUGCUAAUAGUGGUGAUGCAACUCACGAUACUGAGUUUUACAAAGACAGGUGCAGGAUUGGUUGGUGUCAAGAUACCAACAAUCAAGACCAAGACGAUUCGCUGGUUCUGGUGUGGCAAAACUCUGGGAUAUGGGAAAAAUUUGUCAUUUUAGAAAAGGAACAACAAGAAUCGUCCAAAACGCGCUAUUCGUUGAAUGAAAGUCUAAGAAACGAAGACACAAAAUUGGUACACGAACCCACUAGAUGGGAGUUGGUGAGAGAAUCAUGGAGAGAACUUUAA